CGGAAACAUAACAUAUGAACCGGGCAUCAUCUUCAUAUUUAAUCGCACACGUGUCAUCUCCAUUUCUAGUUCCCACUCUCUUCUCUCCGAUCAUACGACGACACCGCAACACCUCUUCCGGUCGCACAGAAAUUCCAAAUUACCAUUCAAGCUUUUUCCUUCUUUUUCUUUUUUCCUGUUUUAAAUUUUAAGACACACGUAUUGCUUGAACCGAUAAAAACCGAACUAGAGUGAUUGAGUGUUUGAGAUUGAUCUGUGAUUGGUUGGUGGGGCCCGAUUCCGACAUGACUGCGGGUGGUGGUAAUCAGUUGAUCUCCGUUCAUCCUGAUGAGCUCAAGUUCAUUUUUGAGCUGGAAAAGCAAAGCUUUUGUGAUCUUAAAGUUGUGAACAAUACAGAGCAUCAUGUUGCUUUUAAGGUUAAAACCACUUCACCUAAGAAGUACUUUGUACGGCCCAACACUGGUGUAAUACAGCCUUGGGACUCGUGCAUAAUUAGAGUUACUCUUCAAGCCCAACAAGAAGCUCCUCCAGAUAUGCAAUGCAAAGAUAAGUUUCUCCUACAAAGUACAAUAGUACCUGCACAUACUGAUGUUGAUGAGCUUCCUCCAGAUACUUUUACUAAGGAUGGUACUGGAAAGACAGUAGAGGAGUGCAAGCUGAGAGUUUUAUACGUUGCUCCAUCAGCUCAAGGAAAUUCAGAAGAUGAGGCAUUAAGGAGCUCAUUAACAAAUCCCGAAGCUUAUGGAUUACAGCACCUGAAGGAUGAAAGGGAUGCAGCUAUUAAACAAACACAGCAACUGCAACACGAAUUGGACAUGAUGAAGAGACGAAGAUAUCGGAAAAGUGAUCCAGGCUUCUCCCUGACUUUUGCAUUCGUUGUGGGACUUGUUGGGAUUUUGCUUGGUUUCCUCCUGAACCUCUCACUGUCUUCACCUUCUACAGAAUGAUUUGACACUGGAGGAUCUCAGGGGACAAAUUUUCUCGUCUAUUUUACUGUACAAGUUCUGGUUGAACGGAAAGGGUGUCUAGUCUUCCCCUCCUAUUGUACAUUGAUUGCUGCAACUGUUGGUUUGCCAAUAUAUUUUCAUUUCAUUGAUGUGCUAAUGUUAUUGUGAAUCAGCAAGUGAUUAUUUUCACUGCAAUCUUUGAAGUGCUGUUUCCCUGUUUCUGCCAAA